ACCCACGGAGACACAGUGGGAACUCCCAUGCCUCUAUUUUUUUAAAAGAUAACACUCAUUUCAGGUUUGAGUCUCUGUCCAGUCAAAAAGCCAGUGUGAUAAUUCAGAUCCACGUCCCAGCACCACUCAUGCUAUCGCAUACCGUUGUCGUGAUCCACGUGCGACUGUGAGUCGCUGCUGAGAGCAGGUAUGUAUCUCUUUAAUUCUUAAGGUAAAGCUUCUUUACAAGUGGAUUUCUCAUAAGAAUGUGUUGGUCUUUCAAUCAGAGGAGUCAUGGGACUGACAGGAGGCAAUUAAUAUGUUCUCACCUGUCCUUAAUCAGAACAUUAUGCUGAAAUGCUAGUCUUUCUUUCAGUCUUAUUUCACAGCUUUCCCAGCUGGGCACUUCCAGCCCUUCCUUCCUAACUACUCCUCCCCUCAUCCUUGUUACAUGCCCUAAAUUCUUAUUUCCCUGUGAGUGCUUAACAGACGCGACACAGGUAACACGUCACCAGUACCGGUCCCCAAAAGUUUCAGCCCACUUUCCACUUCAUCCUUGUUCCUCACUCAUGCACACUGUCUAGACUCUUAUUGCUUCAAACAAUUCCCUAAGUAUGGAAAGGUGUGGCAGAGGACCUCGGUUCUGGAAGAUUUUACAGCAUAUCCAGGAUAUUUAACUCCUAACAGAAGUAAAAAAUUCUAUUUGGCUCUUUCAUCUUGAACUUAGACACCUUCUAUCCCCUGGUGUCAGAUAUUAUAACUAAGGAUGUGAUUUUUCUUUAAUUCCAGGAAAAGGAUCAAAUAAUAAAGAGAUGUCAAAGUCAAGGUUUUUUUUUUUUUUUUUUUUUUUGCUUCAUCAGUUGGCUAAAUGGAGAGAACAUUCACUAAGUUAGAGGCUACUGAUGAGAAGGACUUUUGAUACGGGCUGGAAAAUUAAGAUCUGGCCUUUCUAUGAACACUCAGGUGGCUUACAGUUCAUAUUACUACAAUCAGUGCUGCUGUAAACAUUUUUCUGUGUAUCUCCUGUGCAUGUGUGAGAUUUACGCUUACUCCCUGGUAUACAAAUAGGAGUAAAACAGUGGAGUCCUAAAGUCUCCAAUUUUACUAUUUUCAUGAAAAUGGAAAACAAAAUUUGGGUGCACAAAAGUAUUCUCUGGGGUAAAUGUAUCAUGCUAAAUGUUUACAAGGUUAAUUUUAGGUUCUGCUUAAAUAGAUGUAUUAGCUGGGAAGUCAUUUCAGUCCGUUUGAGCUCUGGUUCUGCUUUCAGUAGGCGCUGUUAAGUGAGCGGAUGGAGCCUGCAAACCACACAACCGUGACAGAGUUCGUUAUUCUGGGACUGACAGAUAAUCCCACCCUGUGUGCCAUCUUCUUUGUGGUUUUUCUAGGCGUUUACAUCGUCACCAUCGUGGGAAAUAUCAGCAUAAUCAUCUUGAUCCGGAGCAGCCCGCAGCUCCACACCCCUAUGUACCUCUUCCUCCGCCACCUGGCCUUCGUGGACGUGGGCUACUCCACGUCCGUCACACCUGUCAUGCUGGUGAGCUUCCUGAGGGAGACCACAGCCGUCCCGGUCCCGGGCUGCAUAGCGCAGCUCGGCUCUGACGUCGCCUUUGGGACCGCGGAGUGCUUCCUGCUGGCCGCCAUGGCCUACGACCGCUACGUGGCCAUCGGCUCGCCCCUGCUCUACCCCGCCCGCAUGUCCCCGGGGCUCUGCCUCCGCCUGCUGGCGGCCUCCUACCUGGGCGGAUGCGCGAACGCUUCGUCCUUUACGGGCUGUUUGCUGAGCCUGUCCUUCUGUGGCCCAAAUACCAUCAACCAUUUUUUCUGCGACCUCUUCCCGCUCUUGCAGCUUUCGUGUGGCCAUGCUUACUUCGCCGAAAUCUCUCCUGCCAUCUCCUCCGCCUCGGUGCUCGCCAGCACACUGGCCACCAUCACUGCGUCCUACGCCUCCGUCCUCCGCUCCAUCCUGCGAAUGCGCUCCACCGAGGGGCGCAAGAAGGCCUUCUCCACCUGCACCUCCCACCUCACUGCCGUCACUUUGUUUUAUGGGACCGUUCUGUUGGUUUACGUGAUGCCCAAAUCGCGCUAUUCGGCGGAUCGGGUCAAAGUGGCCUCUGUAACCUACACCGUGGUGGUGCCCAUGCUGAACCCCCUCAUCUACAGCCUGAGGAACAAGGAGGUGAGAGAGGCCGUGCGAAAGCUGACGGCUAGAACACACUGCUUUGCCUGAACUGAAUCGGAUGUACGUCUAUAAAUAACAACCCGAUGAUUUGGGGAACGUUUGUGCUGGACGUGUUAGCGAUAUUUAUCAUUAACUUUACCUCUUGUAUAGUGAUAAACUCCCAUGAAUAUAAAUUCAACGUUUACUUCCAUUUAUAAAGUUAAGGACAUGGAUGACUUAACAUGAAUGUCUGCUUGAUUCAAAUUAAAUACGGAUUUUUCAAGUUCAGAAUACAGCUGCAAAAUAAUUUCUACUUAAAAAUCUCA